UGGUUAACCACGUCAGGAGGACGAAUGUCAAAUUCAACGGAGUGUGACACUAUGAAUCUAGUCAACUACAGACCAAUCAAAUUGCCUGAACAUAUGAUUGCUCAAUUGCUUAAAGAUCGAUAUGGAAUGGAACUGAUCGAUUUUUCCGAACUCAUCAGCUAUGAUGAUCGCAAUUACUUUGUCCAUGUCACCAGUAAACAUGACAACCCUUAUGUUAAAAAAAUCGACUCAAAUGGAUAUCUGUUAAAAAUUUUCAAUGCGGAAUUUUCGAAGAAUGAAAAUUAUUUUGAUGGUUUCUAUUCUUUAAGUGACCAUGUUCGCAAAAGUGGAGUACCAACUCCAGAACGAAUAACCAACAUAAAUGGCAACUUAAUGUCCUUGGAGGAAAUGCCAACAGAUGCGAACAACAUUGCUGACAGUAGAAACUUGCAACACAUGGUUAUACUUCAGACAUUUCUUCCCGGAGUAGUCAUUAGCAAAGUUCCACUGAUUCCCAGUCUCGUUUAUCAAUUUGGGAAGCUAAUUGGCUCAAUGCACAAUUCAUUAAAGGAUUUUCAUCAUUCGUAUUUCGACCAAACUACAACCAGCAGCUGGAGUCUAACCGCUGUUCCAAGACUUAAGGAAUAUGCUGCUGCUAUUGAAGACGAUAGUGAUCGAAAUCUAAUAACAGAUAUUGUUGAUGCAUUCAUUGAAGAAAUCAUUCCUGCCAUGCCAAAAUUUCAACAAGGUAAACUCACCUAAUAUUAAC